AUGAGUCUCACAGAGCAAGUUCAAUCAAUUGACCUCCUCCAAGACCAAGGAAUCAAUGUCGGAGAUAUCUCAAAGUUGAGGUUAGCAGGAAUUUGCUCGAUUGCAUCUGUUUUAUCUACCACACGGAGAAAUCUCGCCAAGAUCAAAGGGUUGAGUGAGGUUAAAGUGGAAAAGAUUAAGGAGGCUGCUGGAAAAAUACAGACCAUAGGGUUUGUCUCUGCCAGUGUUGUUGCUGAGCUUCGUGAGAGUGUGUUCAAGAUUACUACUGGUUCAAAUCAGUUUGACGAGAUGUUGGGAGGGGGUGUCACCUCGAUGAGCAUCACUGAAGUUUUUGGUGAAUACAGGUGUGGCAAAACCCAAUUGUGUCAUACAUUAUGUGUAGCUGCCCAGUUAACCAAGAGUCUUGGUGGUGCCGAGGGAAAAGUUGCAUUUAUUGACACUGAAGGAACUUUUCGUCCAGAGAGAAUCAAGGCUAUUGCUGAAAGAUUUGGUGUUGACCCAUUGACUUGCCUUGAAAAUAUAUCCUACGCUCGAGCAUUAAAUAGUGAGCAUCAAAUCGAGUUGGUGGAACAGUUGGGUACCGAAUUGGCAACUGGCUCAUACCGUUUAUUAAUAAUCGACUCCAUCUUAGCUUGUUUUCGAGUAGAUUACUCCGGCAGAGGAGAGUUGAAUGAGAGACAACAAAAAUUGAAUCAACAUUUGGCUUACUUGACCAGAGUAUCUGAGGAUUACAAUGUUGCUGUCUUUUUAACUAACCAGGUUCAAAGUGAUCCAGGUGCCAGUUCCUUAUUUGCUGCUGCUGAUGGAAGGAAACCGGUAGGAGGUCACGUUUUAGCUCAUGCAUCAGCUACCAGAAUUUUGUUGAGAAAAGGUCGUGGUGAUGAAAGAGUUGGGAAGUUGUUGGAUAGUCCAAAUAUGCCGGAGAGUGAAUGUGUGUAUGUUAUUGGUGAGGGUGGUAUUAAAGAUAGCGAUUGA